CUUCAUUCUCAAGCUUAUUGAUUCAAAGCUUUCCUUCUCAAGCCUCUCUCACACCUCGCGAGGUUCUCUUGUUCGAGUACUGAAAUCAAUGGGCUCAACGGUUUCUCUUGCUCCAAUUUUCUCUUUCUUGAAAUUGACAGGUUCUCUUGCUCGAAUUUUUUCGGCCAUGAAAUCCAAUUGUUUUCUUGUUCAAAUUUUAUCCAUCAUGACAUGGAUGCGUUCAAGGUUCUCUCAAGCCAAUGAAACUUCAAUACAAGAAGAAGUUUCUCUAUCUCCACUCUUACCGGAUGAUCUGGUAAUUGAAAUCCUCUUGCACUUUCCUUUAGAAUUCUUAAUGGAUUUCAAAUGCCUAAACAAGACAUGGAAAGAACUCCUACUUUCUCCUUAUUUGCAAGAAUUCACUACCUUUCUCCCAGUAAUACUUCCCAGUAUUUUUCCAUCUGUCUCUCUAGAAUGCCCGAUUUUAUGAACCGGUUAACCUUCUUAUGCAACAAUGGUUCUCAAGUAGUACAACGCUACUCUAAGUUUAAGAUAGACAAUCUAGAGGGUAUAGAGUGCUCUCAAGGCAUGCUGUGCUGCUUGUGCCAAACAAAUGACUUAGACUACACAUACUUCGACUACACAUUCAUCAUAAUAAACCCGGUCACUAGCAUAUGCACAACCAUCUCUGAAUCCUUGCCCAAUGUCAAUCUGUUUGGGUUUUAUUUCGAUCCAAGUUCAUGUGAUUUUAAGAUUUUAGCUCAAACAUCAAAGGGCUGGACUGAGAUGGGCAAAUAUCAUAUCUUCGAUUCAAGAAUUGGUAAUUGGAGAAUAAUAAAACUUCAUCCAAGUUUCGAACGAAAAAAUCCAUGCCUUCGAAUGCUAUCUCUCAAUUCAAAGUCUUAUCUAACAGAAGAAGACGAUAGUUUGAUAGUUUUUGAUAUGGAGAAUGAAUGUUGGUCUCAAAUUUCCUUGCCGCCACGUGAAUGUUUAUGUUCACUUAUAGCAUUCGGGGACAGCGCUUGUUUUAUCGGAAUAACCGAUGAUCAGAAAUUGGUGGGUUGGAUUUUGAAGAAGGAAGACAGAGGGUGGGAGUGGGAGGAACUAAUAAAUCAGCAUGAUCAUAACUUGGAAUCUUGGUUUUACCCGGUUUUCUUUUAUGAUGAAGACAAGCUAUUCCUUCAAAAUCGAGUGAGUUUAGAUAUAUUUAUUUAUCAUAUAAAUCAAAAACAGUUGGAGCCAGUUGAAGGACACCGUCAUCGGUGCAAAACCUAUUCUCUUUAUAAACCAACUCUAUUUGCAAUGAAGUAGAUUGCUUGGGUUAGUUUUUGUAAAAGAUUGCUUUAGGUUGCGUUAGUUUUGUUUAGAGUGGGUUAGUUUGGUAAAAGAUUGCUUUAGGGUGGGUUAAUUUUGUAUAAUUUCUUAUGAAAAGAGAAGGUUUUUUUAAUUAUAAUAAUUUUUGUUCUUCAUCGUAGAAUUUUCAAUUAAUGUGAUUGGUUUUCUAUAUGGAGAAUUUUAAGUUAAUGUGAUUGGUUUUCUA